ACCGUGUUUUCCCCCACUUAUUCCAGAAUUUGAUAUAAACACACGAGGAUCCUCGAUUCCCAUCUCACUGUCAUCUUUCUCUGUGAGCCUCGAACAACGAACUUUUGGGCCACUAACAGUGUUGCUAUUGAUCAUUUUCACUUGAUUCAGAUAUGGCCAAAGAAAUUCUCUUCACAGCUUUCUUGAUUCUCUGUGUAUCAAAGACCAUUACGGCUCAAUGCAUCACAGCCAAUGACAUCAUCGAUAACGAAACAAGUAUCGGCACAGCAGUACGAAAUCUUAUUGAUGGCAGUACUCAAUUCAGUUUGAAUUUACUGCGGACUUUACAUGACGAUCAGAGAUCCAAUAAAGAUGCAAAAGGACUUUUCUUCAGCCCUCACAGUAUUUGGUCAGCACUUGUUGUCACAUACAUGGGUUCCAGAGGAGCCACAGAGCAAGACAUGAAAAAUGUUCUUGGCAUCGGCAAUUUCGACAAAGCAACUGCUUGGGAAGCUUUCAGAAAUAUUCGUAACUGGGACAUUUUACAAGAUCCUACUAGGUCCGAAGAUCUCACCCAAGAACCUCCUCGUUCCAGCUACCAAUCAGCAAAUCGCAUUUACUUCCAACAGGAUACAAUUUUCAAAGAUUGCAUGCGAGAAAUGUUAGAUUCAGAGAUUGCAUUUCUUGAUUUUGCCAACAAGCCUGUCGAAUCACGAGAUGAGAUCAACAGAUGGGUUGAAAAAGAAACCCAACAAAAGAUUAAGGAUUUGAUACCAGCUGAUGGAAUUUCUGCUCUUACCAAAAUGGUAGUAGCCAAUGCCGUGUACUUUAAAGAAUCUUGGCAACAACCAUUCGAUGAACAGAAAACUGUCCGCCGAAGAUUCACCACACAAUCUAGAAAAGACAUUUUUGUCAAUAUGAUGAAUACUAGGGGUAGAUUUUUAUAUGGAAAGAGCGAAGAUCUCCAGUGUUACGCCCUGGAACUACCAUACGCAGGAAAUGCCCUCAGCAUGACCAUAUUGCUUCCAAAAAAUCGUUACAACGGAGUUGGUAUUCUAGCAAGAAGUUUAACACCUGAUCGACUCCGAAAUCUGUUCUUAGAUUUAUAUCCAAGAGAAGUUGAUGUAUCUCUUCCUAAGUUUAAAGUAGAAGACAGCUUUGAACUUUCAUCUGUUCUAAGCAAAAUGGGAUUAAGAACAUUAUUUGACACAAGGCGAGUAGAUCUUUCGGGAUUUACUGGACAGAGAGAAUUUUCCGUCGAUGCCGUUCACCAUAAAGCAUUUAUCGAUGUCAACGAAGAAGGUACUGAAGCAGCUGCUGCCACUGCGAUUAUAUCUUCUCGAAGUGCAAGACCUUCUGGACCUGCAUCAUUUAUUGCAGAUUAUCCUUUUGUCUACUUCAUUCGAGACACCAUCUCAAACGUGAUUCUGUUCCUGGGUACAGUGCAGAGACCCACUGAAUAUGGAAGUAACUAGUCGAAAUUCUCAGGUAUAUUUUAGAAGUGAAAUGAUAUAUAUAUAUAUAUAUAUAUAUAUAUAUAUUCUUUUUAUUGUGUAUGUGCAAAGACAUUGCACUCACACCAAACAAUGAAAGAAUUAAAAAAAGAAAAGAAAAGUUUACUUGAGAUGUAUAGAAAAUAAUUUUGUAUGUGUUGAUCCACUGGAUUUUCCCAUUUACUUAAAAAUAUACCUUCAUAAUUUCAUGCACGUAGCAUUUAGUGAUUUAAAACAGGUCGAAAUCACCUUAUACCACCUAUUUUUAUGCCCAGUUUUAUGCAAUAUCAUUUUAUGUUGUUUCUUUCAUGCAUCUCAUCUCUGGCAGCUAAUGCCCAACCAUUUUAUGCUGAAAAAAACCCGCCAAAGAAUAAGUCAUACAUACACCAUUUAUUGAUUUCAUAUAAAAGAAAAGACAUUUUGUAAAAUCUUUUACGAUUUGUAAAUAAACAUUUGCAUAAGUAUUA